CUUCCUAAAAUGAGACUCUGGGGACUUCUGCCAUUCCUGGUCCCCUUCAUCUUCCCGUGGGGCAUCUGGGAACCUGAGCUAGCAGAGGGGUUCUUUGCCGGGUCAUGCCCAAGAGUCAGAGUAAAGUGUGAAAUUGAAGAAAGAAACGAAUGUACAAGGCACAGACACUGUCCAGAGAAGAAGAGGUGCUGCUUGUUCAGCUGUGGGAAGAAAUGCUUAGACAUCAAACAAGACGUAUGCAGUCUGCCGCAGGAGGCUGGCCCUUGCUUGGCUUACCUUCCACGCUGGUGGUAUAAUAAAGAAACUGAGCUCUGUACCGAAUUCAUCUAUGGUGGUUGCCAAGGGAAUCCUAACAACUUCCAAACUGAAGGUAUCUGCAGAGUUAUCUGCAAAAAGAAACAUCUGUCUUCCUGGAUAUGA